CGCUCUCUUAUUCCGUGGGCUGUUACGUAUACUUUCUGAACCAGAAGUGUCGCGAUAAUCAAUUUUUGGCCGAUUCGGGCUGUUCUUCUGUAGUAAUAUAUAAAUAUAAUACUGCAAAAUGCAGGGCACGAGCCUUCAAUCUCUUAAAAAGCACAAGGCUUUAAUUCCGUUGUAUGUAUGCGUUGGGGUCGGUCUGGGUUGGGCUGGAUUUUACAUUUUGCGUCUAGCAACCCGCAAUCCAGACGUUCAGUGGCGUAGAAGUGAUAAUAUCUCUAACGAAGAAUACAGGAAUAAACAGUAUAAGUUUUAUUCCCCAAAUAUAGACUAUUCAAAACUCGAGAGCCCAGCUCCAAAGUAUUAAGAAGAUAUUACCUGUUGUAGUAUAGAUGUUAAUUAAUGUAAUAGAACUACUAGAACAUGUAAUUUUACCUUUAUUGCAUUAAUAAACACUGAAAUUAAUUUAA